AGCGCCUGGACAGAGGAAGGGCUUAUUUCUCAUUACUGCUAUAUUCUCACUUGGGUCAAUUUCACAAUGGGAAAAACAUCUCUGCUCCACAGAGUCAUUCAGAGACCCAGGCUCCUUCCAGUGGGUGGCUUCACCAUCCCUUGAGGCCGCGAACUCCUCUACUGGAUCCCAUGCAUCUGGAUGCCAGGCAAAGGAGAAGAGAAAAUGUGAAGAGAGGAUUGUAUGGUGGGUCAGCCCUAAAGGAGGGGGCUUCUGCCAUAUUUCAUUGGGCAGAAACUUAGUUCUCUGCUGCUCUACUCCUCCAACUGCAAGAGAGCUAGGAACAGUGAUCUAGUGACGCACCCUAGAAGAAGAAGAGAAACUCAUACAUCACUUAUCCUUCAGAUCCAAACUCCAGCAACAGCUGCCCGCCUUCCCCAUUAAGGUGAAGAGUUGAAAAUAUUUCUGCCUCAUCAAACAGCCUCAAUUCCAGAGAGACACCCAGACAGAACAUCUGCCAUUGGUUGAUGUCAUCACUGCCACCUAAAAGAACAAUUUUCUACAGUGAUGGAGGUUCUGUGAUGUCAUUGGGAUUACAAAAGCUGGCAAGGAAAUCUGCUAUCAGCACUUAUCACCGGAAAUUACAAAGGAAAUUAAUUGCAAACUGUGCGUGACCGCGCCUGCGGGGGAUUUUGCCAUCCGUGCACCGGGACCCGGGGAGGAAGAACCAGCGGCUCCCCAUUACCUCCCCCUCCAUUUCCAUUUCGCGGACCCCUCAGGGACUCGUUUUGGGGUCCCCACUGACUUCUAAGAAGGACGCGUGCCCCUCUCUGACCCCAGCUCGGGCGGCCACCUGUCUUUGCCGCGGUGACCCUUCUCCCAUGACCCUGCGGUGCCUCGAGCCCUCCGGGAAUGGCGCGGAAGGGACGCAGAGCCAUUGGGGGACCUCGGGGUCGGCGGAGGAGCCGUCCCCGGAGGCGGCGCGUCUGGCGAAGGCCCUGCGGGAACUUAGUGACACAGGUUGGUACUGGGGAAGUAUGACUGUUAAUGAAGCCAAAGAGAAAUUAAAAGAGGCACCAGAAGGAACUUUCUUGAUUAGAGAUAGUUCGCAUUCAGACUACCUACUAACAAUAUCUGUUAAAACAUCAGCUGGACCAACUAAUCUUCGCAUCGAAUACCAAGAUGGGAAAUUUAGAUUGGACUCUAUCAUAUGUGUCAAGUCCAAGCUUAAACAAUUUGACAGUGUGGUUCAUCUGAUCGACUACUAUGUUCAGAUGUGCAAGGAUAAGCGGACGGGCCCAGAAGCCCCCCGGAACGGCACUGUUCACCUUUAUCUGACCAAACCGCUCUACACAUCAGCACCACCUCUGCAGCAUCUCUGUAGACUCACCAUUAACAAAUGUACCGGUACCAUCUGGGGACUGCCUUUACCAACAAGACUAAAAGAUUACUUGGAAGAAUAUAAAUUCCAGGUAUAAGUGUUUCUCUUUUUCUAAACAUGCCUCCUAUAGAGUAUCUCCGAAUGCAGCUAUGUAAAAGAGAACCAUAACUUGAGUGACGGCUCUGGAUAACUACGCGGAAUUCUAAGAACAGCUGAAGUCAAUCUAAUUUAAACGUGUGGAGGGGUAGCUAGGUAUUUAAAGUUCCCCCAAAUAUUUUCACCUGAGUGAUGCUUCCCUUCCUAAGGCUGACCAAGACCAGUUUAUCCUUUUAAGUUAAAAAUAAAACGUCCCAAGUAAAGGCUGAAGGAACACUUUAUCAGAACUCUUUGCCUUUCUGAGGUUCCUGUUAGGGGGAAGGUGCCAGCACUGGCAGUAGAGAAAGAGCUCCACUUAGGAGUGCUGAAGAAGUGGAAGGAACCAAACUGACACAGGCUUAACUUCAAUUUUGUAUGCCUGGUGAUCAGAGUCUAUUUUAGGACAUUUGAUAUUUUGCAUUCUGAUGUACUUAGGAGAUUUGUUAAACAGAUAUGCUUGUGAGUAUUUAUCCUUCAUUUUAUGCAAUUAACCAAAUCAACCAAAAAAAGUGACCAUGAAAUCCUGUAUUUGUCUUUUUACUACAUGUAUGAACUCUCUCAUGUGAAUGAGUACUGUAGUAAUCCAUUUCAAGGGAGCCUUAUUUCAGAAAUAUUUCAAACUGGUGCAAAUGGAAAAGACUUCUUCUUUUCCUUUAAGGCUAAAGACAAGAAUGUCAUGCUAUACAGGUGCAACUCAAUCCCUGUUAAUAAAACCAUGUAGAUAGAGACAUUUUACCCUUUGAAGUAGCUGUGUCCCACAACCUGUUGCCAUUGAUUUUUCAGAAAUGGCUUUAGAAAUUUCCAAGUGGUCUAACCAUGGACAUUAGCAAUUGUCUCCCUUCUACCGUGUAGAAUACUCUGACUUAAUUUUCUUCCAGAUAUAGGGGGAUACCUGCCUGUUUUUCAAAGUGUUUAUUUACUGCUGUUACUAUUUGAUUAGAAUGUAUUAAAUAAAAAAACCUGACUUUCA